CCCGGGGGCGCGCCUGUCAGGUGAAGGAGAGGAGGAGAGGUGCAAAGACGUGUAAGUUCCCCUGUGAGCCCCACGCGUGGGUCUGUUGCAGGUCUCAGAUCCUGCUCGGAUGCCUCAGCUCGCUGAAAGAUGUGUCAUGGAAUGAGAGGAGGAAGGAGAACGGACCCAUUGCUAGGUCAGCAGCAACAGACAGUGUUGGCUCUUCUCCUCUGGGUCCAACUGUCACUCUGCUUUGGCCCAGUGCAGCUCUCAGUGGGAUUUGAGGACCUGAGCACCUGUAACGUCCCAGAAGUCCCAGCAAACGGUUACAGGACGCAGAGCAUCGGAGUCUUCUUUGAAAAUGCCGUUGUCCGGUUUCACUGUCAGAAUGGAUAUAGGCUUAAGGGUCCUUCAAAGAAGAUGUGCGUGCUGCUUAAUAACGGCUCUCUGGCAUGGCGGCCGAAUGACAUCCCAGUGUGCGUAGAAGAAGUCACAGAUUGCCUUGCUCCAUACAUUGAAGAUGCUGAUAUCCUUAACAAGACGUACAGGACCGGAGACAAGUUAAUAGUGAACUGUCGAGAAGGGUUCCAGACGCGUUAUGCAGAUUUGGACAACAUGGCUUCAUUGUGUCAAGAUGACGGUUCCUGGGAAAAUCUGCCCAUGUGUCAAGGCUGCUUGAGACCCCUGGUUCUUCCCCACAGCUAUGUAAAUAUCUCUGACUUUGACUCUUCGUUUCCCGUGGGGCGAGUGGUGUCCUUCCAGUGUUUCCCUGGAUAUAAGCUGGAGGGGGCAGACUAUCUGGAGUGUAUGUACAAUCUCAUCUGGUCAGAUGAACCUCCCAGGUGCCUUGAUGUGGAAGUGUGUCCUCUCCCUCCGAUGGUGUUGCACGGAGAUUAUAUUUGUCACCCGCAGCCCUGUGAGCGUUACAUACACGGGACCGUGAUUGAAUUUUACUGUGACCCCGGCUAUAUGCUGUCCAAUGAUUACAAGUACUUCACCUGCCAGUCCGGGGAGUGGUUCCCAACAUCCCCGCUAUACUGUGUCAAGACAGAGAAAUCCUGGCCGAGCUCGCAGGAGACCAUGCUGACGACGUGGAAGAUUGUGGCGUUCACCGCGAGCAGCGUCCUCCUCGUCCUGCUAUUUGUCAUCAUCGCCAGGAGCUUCCAGACCAAAUUCAAGACGCAUUUCCUGCCAAGGAGUCCCCAGGACAGCUCUGCGGAGCCAGACUUUGUGGUGGUGGACGGCGUGCUGGUCAUGUUACCUUCCUACGACGAAGCGGUCAGCAGCAACGUCACCCCACCCGGCUACCUGUCCCCUGCUGGGCAGAGCGAACCGGAUCAGACUGAAGAAUCCCACCCUCCUGCGUAUCCCGGGGACCCCCACACGGACAGUCUGUGCGAGGAGUCAGAGACCAUUGACAGCAUUCUGGAUUCCUCUGACCUUCUCCACACCUUACAUUCCUCUUCCAUGACACACGUGAGAACGCCGGGCACUCAGAAUGUCAACAACGAGGCAGCGUCUACCAGCCCGAGCAUUGACAUAGCAGAUGAAAUCCCACUGAUGGACGAAGAAAGCAUUGAAUCAUAGUGGAAAUAAGCACCGUCUCCGCAAUUACCCCUAUUUUCUGUAUAUUUCCAUUAUUUCUCAAACAAUGCUCCAUUUGAACUGCAAUAAUCCAGGACGAUGGGAUUAAAAGAAAUAGGACAUUGGGGAAAAGGUUGUUGAUUCCAAAGACGGGCGGGCAGGAGAUGGCGAAGGGACGCGUGCCCAGCAGUACCACAAAGACUGUUUUCUACCUGCACCCCACUGGGGAACUUCUGACGUAACUGUGAUCCAGUCAUUUUAGGUCUAUCCAGAUAAAGGCAAUAAGAGUCGGUUGAAAGCCAAACACUCAUUUUCCCCGUCACGGCUGUCCGUGGCAGAAGCGCUGGUAAUGGUUUCUGCCCCAUAGGACCAUUUAAAGGGAAGAAUACCUGUACAUAGCCCAGACUCCUAUAACUACAUAUGUGCCUUCCCCCAAGAGCCCCCGGCAGACAAACCAUGAAUCCUCCUGCUGAAGUUACUGUUGUCACUUUACAAAUAAACACCGCAAUCUGAUUAUACAA